GUUCUCCCGGCACCCUCUGGUUCUGUCCCCCAUUCCGGACAUGGCGUCUACGGACGAUGUGUCCGACUUUCUGCGCCAGAACCGUGAGAUUGCCGCCUGGGUAGAGACUAUUCGAGGAGAAUGCGAAUCGGACAAACUGUGGCGGCACCGCAGGGAGUUCAUACUGCGGAAUAUUAACGACUUUUGCGGCGAUGGAGAGCAACCACCCCCAGUGGAGAGUAACCACCGGGGCCUGGACCGACUGCUCGCCUACUCUAUGGUGUGGGCCAACCAUGUGUUCACAGGUUGCCGAUACCCCCAACCGGUAAUGGACAAGAUCCUUAAAAUGGCAGAAAAUAUUAAAGUGACUGAUGCACCCAUUCACACAACUCGAGAUGAACUGGUUUCCAAGGUGAAGAAAAGAGGGAUUACCAAUAGCCAUGAAGGGGUAGCGGAGCCUCUUAAGAAGCACAAACUGUCAGAUGUUACAGGAGCGUCAGAUAGCUCUCACAAUAAGACGGCACAAGAUGAAAACCAACUACAUUGUGCCUCUGGUUAUUCGUCAUGGAGAGGCUCUGAGGCCCUGGGCCCAUCUACUAGUGCAGGCCAAAGAACCGGUGCAAACCCAGGCUACGAUGAAACAUCCGGUUAUAGCCAACCUGUGUCUGCUUCCAAAGCUUAUCCUGCUUAUGGCUCUAGCGUUCCAGCUGAAGCCGGAUACGAAUCUGCCGCUCCUCAGGAGAGGAAUAGUAAUGCUACGUCUAAGGGCCACUCGCAGACGAGUGUGGGUUCUGGUAAAGCUCAACGUAGACUGACCGUGGAUGACACCAAAGAAAGGCAGUCAUUCUUCAACAGACUAUACAAGACCGUGGCUUGGAAGCUGGUGUCUGCCGGAGGCUUUAAUGCCAACCUAAACCAUUCCGAACUGCUUGCAUUGUGCAUUGAAUCUUUAAAGUCCACGCUGGAUAUUUCAUUUGCUCCCUUAAAAGAACUGGCAGACUUACCACAAACUUUAACAUCUCAGGAAAACAUAGUGUGUGAGCUGAGGUGCAAAGGAGUUUAUUUAGGAAUGGGUUGUGGGAAAACAAAGGACAACGCAGAAGCGGUAGCCUCCAGAGAAGCCAUUAAACUGUUUCUCAAGAAGAAAGUUGUUGUUAAAAUAAGCAAAAGGAAAUACAAGGGACGGGAAGUGGAAGAUUUGGUACUACUGGAUGAGGAGUCCCGACCUGUGAACUUGCCCCCAGCUUUGAAGAACCCUUUGGACCUUAUAUAACAAAAGUUCUUUAGUUUUUAAGAACCAAGCAAAACCUUGAAUGCUUUAUACUUUGCAUAUUAAAAGUUACAUGUUUCCACAGGUUUUGUAUUCUCAGUUUUAAUAGGGGAAAUUUCACCUAUUUAAGCAUUUGUAUAUUUCAGAACUGAGAUCUGUGACACUGGAUUGCCUUAAAUAAUGGAAUUUCUCUGUUUUUAUACAAAGUUGUAUGAUUUUAGUAUUUUUUUUUUACUGAUUAAGGUUUGAAAUUUAGUCCAAAAAAAGUUGGGUACUGUUGGCCAAGUUUGGUUUAGUACUCAGCAAUUCAGAGGUUAAUUUACAGAAUGCAUUACAUGUGCAGUCAUUAACUUUGUAACA